AUGGGUUUGCAUUCUCAAUGGCCCGUUGUGAUCUUCUUGCUACUAAACAUCUUUCUUAGUUUAACUUUUGUGACAUUUGGAGAAGGUGAGAAUCAUAAGACUGAAAGAUUUGAUGAUAAGGAUUGUGAUUAUAGAGGAUGCUAUGGAGAUCCAAGAGGCCCAAGUCGUUGGGGUGGGCCAAGAGGUCCUAGAGGUUGGGGUGGGCCAAGGGGUGGACGUUUUGGUGGUGGUCCGGGGCGUUUUGGUGGGCCUAGGGGUCCAGGGUUUGGACGUCCAGGAGGAGGUGGUGGACUUGGUGGAGGAGGUGGGUUUGGUGGUGGAGCUGGUGGAGGCCUAGGAGGUGGUGCAGGUGGUGGUAUAGGUGGAGGUGCAGGAGGAGGUUUAGGUGGUGGCGGUGGUGGAGGAUUAGGAGGAGGUGGUGGAGGUGGUUUAGGUGGAGGUGCUGGCGGAGGACUAGGAGGUGGCGCUGGAGGUGGUCUUGGUGGAGGAGGUGGUGCUGGAGGUGGUCUUGGCGGAGGAGGUGGGGGAGGUCUUGGAGGUGGUGCUGGCCGUGGGGGAGGAUUAGGUGGUGGAGCAGGAGGAGGCGUUGGAGGUGGAGGUGGUCUUGGUGGCGGAGGCGGUGGUGGAGUUGGAGGUGGAGGAGGUGCAGGAGGAGGUGCAGGUGGAGGAGUAGGAGGUGGUACUGGAGGAGGGUUUGGAGGUGGUGCAGGAGGAGGUUUAGGAGGUGGUGUUGGAGGAGGAGGAGGAGCUGGUGGGGGAGGUGGUGGUGGACUUGGUGGAGGUGCUGGCCAUGGUGGAGGAUUUGGAGUUGGAGGAGGAGUAGGUGGUGGUACCGGUGGUGGCCUUGGAGGUGGUGGCGGCGCUGGAGGAGGUGGAGGAGGGGGUAUCGGUGGAGGAUCUGGGCAUGGGGGUGGAUUUGGUGCUGGAGGUGGUGUCGGUGGAGGACUUGGUGGUGCCGCUGGAGGAGGAGGCAUUGGAGGUGCAGGAGGUGCUGGUGGUGGUGGAGGUGGUGGAGGUGGCGGAGGUGGAAUAGGUGGAGGAUCGGGUCAUGGAGGUGGGUUUGGUGCAGGUGGUGGUGUAGGAAGUGGUGCAGGUGGAGGACUUGGAGGCGGUUUAGGUGGUGGUCAUGGGCUUGGCGGAGGGGGAGGAGUCGGUAUUGGUGUUGGAAUUGGUGUUGGUAUAGGAGUUGGGUCUGGUGCAGGGAAAGGAGUUGGCACUGGUGUAGGUGUAGGUGGUGGUGGUGGACGACGCUAG